CCGUUGCAGAUUGAAUCCAUACCAAUACAUGCAAAUUAAUACCAUUACAUGAUAAUCAAUACCAAUGCGACAAAAACAAUAUCAAUGCAAAAAAACACUACCACUACGAAAAAAUCACUACCAAUGCGGGAAAAAAUCUGAUCUAGGGUUUUUAUUCAUCCCACCUUUUCCAGCGCACAACCUAAAAACUCAACUACCGGUCUCACAGAACAACAAGAUCGAACCUAACAGUCACCAAAGGGAGGAAGAAAAAAAAUCAGAAAGCAGAGAAAUCCAACCUGAGGAUCCUGGACGUCGUGGUAGAAAGGCGAAGCGGUGUGGAAGACGCCGUCGCAGCCCUGGACGCCGGAAAGGGGUCGACCACGUCCUGGACUGGAAACUCGACUCCUAUUUCAAGGAGGAGAUAUGGAGAGUUCUCAACAUUGGGAUCCUCUGCACGAGCCAUCUACCCAUCAACCGGCCCUCGAUGAGGAGGAUCGUGAAGCAGCUGCAGGCGAUCGGGGGAGAAGCUCAGCCGAAGACCGCGGGGAAGAAAGAUGGCAAGCUGACGCCGUACUACUACGAGGAUGCCUCGGAUCAAGGGAGUGUAGCAUGAUUUUGGGAAGAGAUGAUUUUGAGAAUCUGGUCGGCGGAGUGACGGUGACGGGAGUGGGAGAAGGGAGAGACGGCGGCUAGGUAAAUAGGUUGUAUUAGGGUUUGAGUAUAAUAAAUACAGUAAUCAGGU